UAUCUCAUCUUUGGGUUCCAUGAUGCUCACAUGGUCAGGCAGGGGCUUCUUAGGACCAGUCUUACCACUGGGGUCCCAGGGCAGCAUGAUCUUCACUUUGAUGCCCAGUGCACCCUGUCUGAGCAGCACAUGAGUAUCAACAUAGUAGUUAACAGGGACAUGUUAGUUAACGCUGGAUCAUUAGGUCAUUUGUGGACUUCAUGGAUUUAGCCCUGUGUCCUUGGAGUUUCCCAGAUACCACAGCUUCGCAGCCCUUGGCCCCACUCUCCAUGAUGAAACUCAGCACACCAUCGCUGGCCCUCCACACAGCAAGCCCUCCUAGGAGUUUGUGAAGCAGAGACUCUGCCUGGCAAUGGCAUAGAGACCUCUUGUGGCCACCUUUUCAGCAUAAAACUCUACACUGCCCUCAAGGAAACCAAACCUCUUCUGAACCACAACAGUCAGUUCCUGGAUCUGCAGGCCUUUCUCAUGGAGAACAUUCUGCGUCCUGGUGGCCAGAAUAAUGAGCUCUGUCCUGGUUGCCGUAACGUGAACCCUAACUCCAGAGUAGCCAUCUUCAGCUAGCUCCCGAAUGAGAAACUCAUUCAAUUCAGCUUUGAAGACCCCAUCAGUGACAAACUUUCUCUUCUUGGAAAUUUGCACCGCCAUCUUGCCACCAUGUGCUGCUUCCAAAUGGGUUUAAUCCUCUUAUAAAGGACUCCAGCAAGAGGAUCAAAACCUACCCUGGGACGGUGCCCAGCCCUGGCAGGCACCACCGAAGUUAGACCUAUGGAGGUGGUGUCCGACGGUGGGGGGCGACAGCCCUUUGGCUGACCCCAGUGACAAUGGCGGUGUUUCACGACAAGGUGGAGAUCGAGGACUUCCAGUGUGACAAGGCCUCGGAGACUUAUUUCUGCCCCUGCCCAUGUGGGGAUAACUUUGCCAUCACCAAGGAUGAUUUGGAGAAUGGAGAAGAUGUGGCAACGUGUCCUAGCUGCUCUCUCAUAAAAGUGGUUUAUGACAAAGAUCAGUUUAUAUGUGGAGAAACAAUACCAGCACCUUCUACCAAAAAAGUAUUAGUUAAAUGCUGAAGAAGGCUUUAAAAAUCCAAAUCUGGAGUAGUUGAAAAUGAGCCAAGAUGGAAAAAUCAAAUGCAAAGUUACAGACAUCUUCACAAGGACAACCUUUUUGUGGUUUGUUGUUCUUUACAGAGUGUGGAUUCUUUCCAACAACUGCUACAUUCACCUUCAAUUAAAAAAGCAACCCACUACAUGACAUACCUGGAUUUCAUGCACAAAACUUUGAAUUGCAAGUGUUCUUAAUUUUCCAUCCAAAUUUUUUUAAAAGAUAAUUUCAAAUCAGUACAUAUUUUUUUCCCUCAGUUUCAUUAUUUUCAUGUCUUAAACCUAAUUACUUCAGUAUCUGAUAACAGAAUCAUCCACCUCAAAGUUAUUAGUAUUCCUUGACAAAAAUGGGAUUGUAUUUUUUACUUGGUUAUUAAGAUUAUUAACAUUAGCCCUUCCUUUGAAAUUUGGCAUAAACUUUGCUAAGAAAAUUUGCUAGCUAAAAUUUGCUAAUCUCCCUCAGUCUUGUCAUUGUUAGGAUGCUCAUAUUCUGUUUAACAUGCCAUUUCUGUUAUGCUUCAUGCAUAGAGUGCUUGUUGUGGUGUUAAAGAGAAAAUACAGUGAGGUCAUAAAUUCUUCAGAGCUAAAAGUUAGCGAAUAAGAAAAAGAAGUAUAAAGUGAAAUGGUA